AUGCACACAGAUUUGCAGGAUGCAGUGAAACUAUGCAAGAUGGUGAUCAAGCAUGAGAUGUGGAUGAAGAAGUGCGUAAUGCUCAUGAAAGACAUUUUGGGAGCAGUGUAUAAGCAACUGCGACAAUUCGAACCGAAGCCAGAGCUUUGCGCCCAUCUACGACUGUGUGAUUCGUGCGAGUUGAACGUCACCAGUUCACUGAUGGAUAUAGCUGCUCGCUCGCCCGACGCCGACCCCGUUGUCCUGAUUGGCCAACUGUCACAAAUGCAAGCUACGUUAACUCAAUUUGCAACUAUGGAAGUCAAUAACCGAGACAUGCGCACUCCUUGA